AGGUCCCGGGCAUUCAGGAGUUGGAGAAGUAGCGGCUUUUAAAAACUUUCUGUCCGCAAGUGAUCUCGCCGAAAUAGCGCUUCGACAAGAGUCUGCGGCUUCCGGAGGAGACAAGAUGUCUUUUUAAAAGUGUCUCCGUGUUCGUGCUCGCCUCACUGCUCCGUGUGCUCCGCUCCUGCAGCGCACUUCCACCGCACCACUCAGAAACUAUGGGGUCUUCCACCGCUCUUUCAUCCACCCAGUGCACGGUUUGUGCUUUUGAACAAUUCGAUCGUAGCAGACGACACAAUGGCGGCAUCGAUCCUUCGCAGGAAAAUUCCUCCCAUUUCCACAGGCGAGCUCGGCGCUCCCCUUCUCCAACAGGCUAGCCACAGCCAAUCACGGGCCAGGACAGGGGCGGAGCCUGUGGAGAGGCAGCACUUAAUUGGUGAUGGUCACUCAGAUUGGAUGACGGAAAAAGUUGAUUUGUCUUCAUUUGUGUCAACGAGCGAGUCUUCUCCAAGCUCUUCCCUUCCACCCUCGCCAUUAGAACAAGAUGUCAAGGUGCCCUCGGAUCUGGAGGUCAUGACCUCUCUGCUGCAGGAGGAGCUGGCUCAGCUGGAGGACUACUUCCGCUCCGAGUCCACAUCCACGACAAGCAAGUUGGAGAAAUCCUCAAAAUGUGACAAGGGUGCUCAAGCCAUGGGCUCCCAAUCUUAUUAUCAGUUACCCUAUGGGUCGUAUGGGUCCAGUCAAUCAGAAGCCAGCCCUGUGGUUGUUACCUUGGCAACCGGGGAACUGGACCUGGCCAGCUUCUGUGGCGGUCCAAUCGGCAGAACCAAAAUUGCUCGACCCGCUCCAUACAACUACCAUCACCGCUACCACCACAACAAUGGGCGGAGAAUCAUCAGUGAGGCUGUGAAAGUCGGGGAGGAAGUUGGACUUGAUACGUGGGGCUCCAGGGGAGGUUACUCAGGAAGCACAGACUUGUCUGUGAACCACUACUCCACACUGAAGACAGUGAGCAAGAAUAGCCUGGGCAGCGUCAAGAAGGUGAGAGAAUGUGCUUUAUCGUUGAAGGAAGAGGAGAGUUAUUGUUUUUCAGAAGGAAUGUUUUGCAGCGAGGAGAUUGCUCGAGGUUUUUGUCUGGGUGGCUCGUACGAGAGCCACCACAAGCGAGAGGGACAGUUGAUGCACAACGUGAAGGUCAAUGUAAGUUACGACAGCUCGGGGCUAGAUGUUUUGCACUGCAGCAAAGAUGGAGGACUUUCUGGAAGUAUGCCCCAAGAGACAAUGGUGGCCGGUGACGGCUACUUCCACCAGUCCAUGGCCAGCACAGAGCCUUACCAUAGCUUUAUAGGUGACCUAGAUCAGCCGUCACAAGCACAGGCUGUAGAGCCCCAACAUGGCCACUACCUCUAUCCAGAAUGCCUUGCAGACCAAAGCUACGAAUGUCUGUCCAGAGGGGAGGGCGAGGGGUCGCUGAUGGGUGCCCCCAUCCACCGCCCCACCCAGAGGCUAAAGGAUGAGCACUGCUCCAUCAAACCAUCGCUGGUGAUGGGCGCCGCUUCUCUGGAGGGCAACACUGGAGAGAGGAAGCAGAAGAAGAGAGACCAGAACAAAACUGCUGCUCACAGGUACAGGCUGCGUAAGAGGGCGGAGCUGGACUCUUUGGAGGAGGAGCUGCACGGCCUGGAGGGGCAGAACCGGGAGCUUCGUGACAAGGCGGAGUCGGUGGAGCGAGAAAUCCAGUACGUCAAAGAUUUACUGAUCGAGGUCUACAAGGCUCGCAGUCAGCGGCUCAAACAGGAUGGCAGUGCCUAAAAAAUGCCCACGCUGACCUCACCUCCCAAAAACUCCCAACCAGCAAGAGAAAAAUCAAGUCAAGAGCACCAACUGAUUUUUGUCUCACGAAAAUGAAAUGGUAGUUGCAUGAUUUUUCGUAGUUCUUUUCUAAAAAAAAGAAAAUGUAUAUAUAUAUAUAUGUAUAUGUAUAUACAUAUAUAUAUGUAUAUAUAUAUAUAUAUACUGAUAUAUAAAUUGUUCCAAGAGGAUGGCGACACGAAAACACACCUUCCUGAAAAACAAAAGAAAGGAGACGUUUCCAGAUGGGUGACUAAAACUAUAAAAAGCCUUAGUGAGGUGGCUUCUUUCUAGAGGAGAUGCUGAACUUGUCCGUGACCACUGUGAUCCGAACUGCACUCACAGCCUUGUGACGACUGAGUCUGCGCUUGCGAUGGUUGAUCGUUUACAAAAACGCUCUUUGAAUUAGUAGUAGUGAUUGAAUUUGCUUGUGGUUUUUUGUGACACACAUCGGCAUUAUCAAGGCAGAUCCAUACUAAAUAUAUAUUUUAUUUUGUAUUUUAUUUUUACUUAUUAAUGCUCAUUUAUCGUUUGCUUAAAACAAUCAAGUGAAUAAAAGGGAUUGCUGAAUUUUUCUUAAAAAGUGUGUAACAUGCUCUACAAAUGUUUAUUAUCAGAAACAUUUAGAAAUUUGUAUUGCUAAAAUGUCGACUAUUUACACCUCCUUACCCCACUGAAAUACCCAAUGCAUGUUUGAUUUUGGAAAAGCAUGUGCGAGUGUUAUUUGAAGGCAAUAUUCUGUUAACUGCAUGGCUUCAAGAUCUCCACCGCGUCAAUUUUAACUCUUCUCUGAGUUUCCCCCCUCUCUCUUUCCAGUGUGGCUCAUGCUCAGGUUUUGCUUUUUAGCUCUGAGAGACACAGAAACAUUCACUGGCUUCAUUUUGUUCCCCCCUUCUCUCUUCUCUCUCUCUCUCGGCUGUAUUUUUGCGAGAAAACAAUCACCUGUUGACGCAACAAUAAAUCGUUGUUGGGUAAUGGUAUGACUACAUGGGAGUUUUGUUCAAUUGAUCAAUUUGAUGAUAUGAAAUUCAGGUUCUUUUAACAAUCAAUGUCAGCGUCAGGAGAUUAUACAUCAGGUAAAUUGCAGCCAAAAAAAAAAAAAGAGUUAGUAUCAUUUAUCUCUGACUGUUUUUCACUGCAUGCUGUUCAUUUCGCAUUCAUUGUGUAGCCAUUGAAACGCCUCGCCACAGCCGCCUAAAGCACAUGAACUGCACCCAGAACAGCACACAGGCUGAAUAAGAAGAUGGAGGGAUUAAGAGAUAGAGAGGUGCAGAAUAAACCCACUCUGCCCCUCCUGCCUUUUUACUCUGCUCAGCCCCAUAUCAGCUGCUUCCAGCUCUCUCUCCCGCUCUCUUUUUGUCUUUUUGGCUGCAAUGCAGAGAGAGUCCAGGUUAAUUCCCAUGAUCCACCACUGGACGGCAGCACAUCAAGGCAGCCUUUGAAUGACACCUGCCAAUUCAGAAACAAAACAGCCUGUCUUGCUUUAAGAUUUUGGAGCCAGGAGUUCUUUAACUUGUCCAAACAACACGGAGGGGGUUUGUCUGGAGAAAUAUUAAUGGACCCUCCCCUUGUUAUUUUUUCCCAUAUUUCAGUGCUAUGUUGCUGCACAAUGAUUGAUCCGCAGGGCUGAGGGGAGUGAUAUGAAGCUCCGGCAGUCAACAGACAACAUAAAUUGCCUAUCUCAUCUCCCAGCCUGUGGAGGGUGUGCGAAUGCAUGCACGCGUGUGCGUGUGUGUGUGUGAAAUCUCUUGGUAUCUCUCCUAGCAGUCGUAGGCCUUUCAAGUGCAUGAGGCAAUAUCACACAAUACUUGCACACGGAGGAGAGAGAUACAAGUGAACUAUCAGAAUAAAAAAGUACUGGGUUGACAGAGAAUGCCAUUAAAUCUGUCGAUUCAGUUUUCUCACUGUUUGUUUGAUACACAUGAAAUGUAAAAACGGACUGUACUGCUGAUGUGUAAUAUAACCUGUUUUUGCAGCGUGUUCAAUAAAUUUCUUCAUUAUUA